AUGUACGGUUCCCAGCCUCCUCCGCAUUACGCGGGGGGCUAUCCGAACCCACCGCAGCCCGAAUGGCGAUCGAGUCAGCCUCCGCCUGCCGCUUCAUACAACCCAAGCACAUACGGUCCUAUUCAUCCCACCGCGCCUACAGCCUCACCGGCGCCGCCCGUGAGCCCUGGCCCAAAUGUAGAUACCACUAGCUGGGGCGUGCGGUACAAUCAACACAUGGCGCAGGGGCCUCCCCCUCCUCCCUUACCGCCUCGAAAUGACCUAUACUCCGCGCCAUCCCCUCCGCCUCCGCCUCCUCCUCCCCGUCCAGCUUCAACGUCAGGUCCAGCGCCUCCGCCGCCGACUUGGGACUACAACAAUAAUACGUAUCUACAGUCUACCCAAUCCCCACCAGUGCCCCCUCCAAGACCGCCUAUACCGCCUGCUUAUCAAAAUGAAAUGCAGCAAACUCCACAACCAUGGCAGACCAAUCAGCUGGGAUACGGAUCUCAGUACUCUCAUCAUGCGCCAUCGCAUCACUAUGAUCCGGGCGCGCAAACAGCACCUCCACCGCAGAGCUUCGCUUAUGCACCCGUUGCUCCUGAACAGGCAGGCUCAAACUACUAUCAACCAGGAGUUCCUCCUCUAGGAAGUCCGCCGCCGGCCAUGCCGACAUCAGCGCCGUCGCAGCCGCCUCCAAAUACUCUCCCCCCAACUGCCGACACGCAAUGGGCAGCAGCACAGCCUAGUCAUCCUCUGCCUGGAGCAUCAAUACUCGGGCAUGGUGGUGUGUCAGAUUGGGAACAUUUGACUCCUACCCCUGGUGAUGUAGAUGAUUUACAUCCAAGAAACCCUGCUCCCGGACAGCCUAUGAUGCAACAAAGUAAUACAACAUACACUCCGCAGGACUCUAUACAUACUUCAUCUCAAUAUCAACCUCCCGUUUCUCAUGUGAUGAGCCCAAGCUCUCCAGUUCAGACACAGUGGUCACCACCGGUUGAUAAUAAGCCUCCGAAGACACAGGCUACGUCUCAGUCAUCCCAUCCCCCGAGGACUGAUAGCACUCAGUCUCAAGAAAGUGCUAUAUCUCCGCAGGAAAGGUCGGAUACUAUUGAUGGCGUCAUUCAGGCUUGGACCCAGAAUCCCGUCUCUCCUAUCAUUAAAGCCCAGGAUGAACCAUAUGCUCCAAGCCCGGCUCCUAUGUCGACAAAGCCCACUUCUCCCACAGCUGCGCAGCCUACUUCUCCACAAACAGUAUCUGCCAAGCUACAGCCUCUUCAAGCACCUGCAGUUUCGGGAUCCCGGAGCUCUUCCCCUCUAGCAAAAAAUACCAAUAGUACUACUGGGGCACAGAGCGAGCAGGCCACUGCCCUGGCAGUAACGCCUGCCGCUACUGAAAUGGCAGCCUCCUCAGUCAAGAUUGUUGAUCCGUAUGAGGAUCUCGACCCAUGGUCAAAGUCGUCUUUGUUUCGUUACGUGACCAUGUUGCGCAAAGAGGCAGUUGUCGAGUCGGAAGAGGAGAAGUACAAUAUCUUCACUGGGUUUGUCGCAAAGGAGGCUAGACUGCGAGAGGUAUUGUACAGCAUAGAAAUUCCUGAGAAGGAGACCAAAGCCACCGAGCCUAGUGAAGAACUCAAGAAGGCGGCCACUAUUCCUAUGUCUGUUGAUUCUGGGCUUAUUCCGGUACAGUCUGAAGCGAGUGUUCAGAAUCCGAAUCAAAGUCGACACGGGUCGGUGGAUUCUGACGACAUCCUUUACAGUCCUGGUGGACGACCUAUGCUUGUUAAAGGCCCGACACAUAAUCUCGCGAAAGAGCAGGGCACCCUUCACCGGUCAGCAUCGAAUCCUCAAGGCAAAGGCGAUUAUCAUGGUGGUAGUUUGGCAGUUCAGCAUCAGAACGACCUUGCCUUUAGAUCAACAUCGGUACCACCAUCUAUGAAUAGCUCAAUCAUACCACAACAAACCAAUUCUCUGAUCUCAGAACCUCCUCGGCCUGCUUACACGCCUUUUCGAUACACCGAAGGUCCUCAGCGCGGUGGCGAAGAACUCAGUCUUGCUCAGCCAGGCUAUAAAGCGUACUCGGCUUUGCGUCAAGCAUCUGCUGAAAGUGGACGUGCUAUGGCGGUUCCAACGAUACGCGCUCCAGCAAAUUCAAGCUUGAGUGUCCAGAAACCCUCGACAAGCAUGCAAAUGGACGAAACAUUUCUCGGAAUUAUUCGAGAAAAGAGUGUUUCUUACAAAGGGAAGAAUGCUCCACCUGUAUUAGGAAGUGGUUUUGAAGAACUUGCUGCUUUGAUCCCAGAUCCCUUUCCAGUCGUGGAAGAGACUGUUGAGAUCAGUAAUAUCAGGAAGAAGAUGGAGGUGUACUCUGAUGACUUUAGGUAUAUCUACGUGACUACAGAAAACUGGGAGCUGUCUGCCAGAGACCGUCGCGAAGCUUUAGAAAAGGAACGUCUCCAACGUCAAGAAGCAUCCGAGGCGCACAUAGAUGCCCUUUUCAACGAAAAGGAGAUUGGUUACGCUGAUAUCAAUCCUCUUGAGGAAGAGUUCCGACAGAAUGAAGCUCGAACCCAGCUUGAAGAAGAGCGUAAGGAGCUUGACAACUACAUUCGAAGAGUCUUCAACGCGGUGGAUACGCGGCUCAAGGAGGAGAUUGUGGAACUCAAAGCAUUGUAUCAAAGAGCGCUGGAUGAACUCAGCUAUGACAAGAUUCACUCAAACCCCAACUCUAAAUACCAGAUAUCGCUCACAAUGAAGACGAUUAACACGUUAUCUGGCAAGUUGGAAGCCCGAUACCAAACACGACUCAACCUUGGUCUAGAUCGGGAACGACAUCGGAAAAAGGCAGAACGACGACCUUUGGUAUUCCUAGGAGAUUCUCGAGCACUGAAGAAGCUGGAUGCCGAUUUCGAAAAGAUGGAGAAGCAGAAUAUUGUGGAAGCUGCGAAAGACCGAGACGCGCGAGCGAACAAGUUGACCGAUAUAUUUGACGAAGCGAUUCUUCAUGCUUUGGGUAAUCAUCAGAGUGUCCUUGAUGAAAUGGCAACGAAGACGCGUAAACUUGAUGUGAGCAUGAUUGAGCGGAGCAAUUUGUCGGGCGCGGAUAAGGUGUUACUGCUACGGUCGGUUUCUGCACUGACAAGGUUGCUUUCAGAAGACGCGGAGUCUAUGUUGACGAGCUUCCGGGAGGCCGAUAGUCGUUUAAACGAGGCAGAUUAUGAUGUCUCUGUUGCUGAAGCUCAGUAUGCAAAGGCGGAUCCUGAAGUAUUCCGUCGUCUAGAAGAAGAAAAGAAGAAAGAGGACGAGAAGAUACAAGAAGACCACAGUUCGAAGCUGGAGAGCAUCAGGAAAGCACCCACGGAGAUAACGACAAAGAUUGACGCAAUCUUGAUCGCAAUACACAAGGAACCCGGUGCAGGUUCUGGUCCAUGGCGUCGACCCCCGUCGCUCGUCGACCAGCUUUCUGUAUCACCACAGCCGCAAACGCGCUCUCGUUCUCCGUCGGCAGCGUUACCGGAGCGCCACGAUACUCCUAUUCAAGAAGAAGAGCCUCAUCCGGGUGAAGCGUUAAUGCCAGGACCGCCACCUCGGCGAUCAUCUGCUGAAACAGAGCAACAAGAUCGACUUCGAAAGGCUCUGGAGGAUGCGAAGAAACGCAAUGCAGCGAAGAACUACACUACUUGA